AGCACCCGGCGGCUCAGGGCCGGGGACCCUGGACCCUGGACUCCUCCCCACGUCGAGAAAGAAGAAAGGAAGGAAGGAAGGAAGGAGCAAAGUCCCCCUCCCAAGGAUGACACUAAACUCCCAGCAAGAAGCAAAAACCCCCCUGCGUCGCCGAGCCAGCACUCCACUGCCCCUGUCCUCCCGGGGCCACCAGCCUGGCCUGUGCACAGCACCUUCCACUUCCACACAGCCCCAGCAUCCACGGCUGGGCCAGUCAGCCUCCCUCAACCCUCCCACCCAGCAACCUUCCCCUGCCCCCAACAGUUGGUCCUCUGAAUCCAGCGACUCUGAAGGCUCCUGGGAGGCCCUCUACCGCGUGGUACUGCUUGGAGAUCCUGGCGUGGGGAAGACCAGCCUGGCCAGCCUCUUUGCAGGGAAGCAAGAGCGGGAGCUUCAUGAACAGCUGGGAGAAGAUGUGUACGAGAGGACCCUCACAGUGGAUGGAGAAGACACCACGCUGUUGGUGAUGGACACCUGGGAGGCUGAGAAAUUGGAUGAAAGCUGGAGCCAGGAGUCAUGCCUGAAGGUGGGCAGUGCCUACGUCAUUGUGUACUCCAUCGCAGACAGAGGCAGCUUCGAGAGUGCCUCUGAGCUCCGAAUUCAACUGCGGCGCACACAUCAGGCGGACCAUGUGCCCAUCAUCCUGGUGGGCAACAAGGCAGAUCUGGCACGCUGCCGAGAAGUCUCCGUGGAAGAGGGACGCGCCUGCGCUGUAGUGUUCGACUGCAAGUUUAUCGAGACUUCCGCCGCGCUGCAGCACAACGUGGCCGAACUCUUCGAGGGUGUGGUGCGACAGCUGCGCUUGCGCCGCCCCGACAGCACCGCCCGGGAAUCCCCCGCGCCCCGACGGCGGGCAAGCUUCGGCCAGCGAGCUCGUCGAUUCCUGGCACGCCUGACAGCCCGCAGCGCCCGGCGCCGGGCACUCAAGGCCCGCUCCAAGUCCUGCCACAACCUGGCCGUGCUCUGAGGCCGCCCGCCUCCCACGGGUGGUGGGACACUGGGGUGCACUGUGCUCCACCGACACCACCGAGGGGCAAAGGCGCAGUGACCUGGAGUGCGCGUCGUGGUCCUUACAGAGCAUCUCCUGGAGCCACAGCUUCAGGGACCCCUCCACCCCUGGGAAGCCAUGUACAGACUAUGGGGUGGAAGCCCAAGCUGGGCACAAAAUAGGUUUUUAUACGCGGUUUGUAUCUUUUUUGUAAAACUUUUCUUUAUUCUUGUGCU